AAUGCGCAUGCCCGCCCUCCUUUGAGUCGCCUGUUAUCAUUCUUUCCCACGCUUCGAACUCUCCACGACCAACGUUUCUCCAUACCAGAAUCAGCGCAUUCGACGGUUACCGUCCAUUUGCCACAAGACGCACCCAUGCUCGCCAUACAACGUCCCAGGAUGGGUUCGACGCAGCCGUCAGACCCCAAUUUGCCCUUCGGCUAUGCCGUUGAUCCUUCGCAAGACUUCUUCCUCGACCCUCCCGAACCUGCGCCUGGUGCACCUCUCCUCUCCGACAAUGAAACCAAACUUCUCAGCUCCUUCUUUGAGGACAUGACUGCGGACCACUAUAACCUGCCUUCAUUCGGCGAAGGCCUCAACUUCAGCGAUGCUUGGCUGGAGUUACCACCCCAGUUCAUGGGGACGGCGACGUCCUUUGGUCAGUCACCGGCACCACCACCCCUCGCCUCCCCCGGGCAUACCAUGCCCCAUAACGACUUUGUGGACAUGAUGUCCAUGGGUUCGAGUCUGAUGCCUCCUCCUCCCCCACCGCCACAGCAGCAGCAGCAACAGCAACAACAGCAUCACCAUCAGCAACCACACCCUACCCUCGACCAGCAUGCCUCUGCCGACGUUCUCCAGGCCGCCAACACACUAUUACACAACGGUUCCUCGUCAAGAUCCAAUACCAACGGCUCUGGGCCGAUGUUCAGCAGCACCCGGGACGUUCCGCACUCCCUCGGCCCACCCGUAGGCCACCUUCGACACCAACCUAUGGAGGACUUCAAGCGUGCUGAACGAGGCAGCGUGGCUCAGGCCAGUCUUGUUGACGAUCAUGAAACCACGUUCGCAGACAUGUUCUUCGGACCCGCUCCUGGCGAGAGAGUGUCUUCACAACGGUCUAACCAGGUCCCAAACAUUGAUGUUCAAUGGGGCUCCGAUGCCCGUUUCAACCGCUCCAAUAGUUUUGUCCCAGACCCUAAGGAAACGUACGACGCUCUAUCAAGAGGCCAGUUGCGGUACAUGGAAUGCCUGGAGCCGAGUCAAAGCACGGAUAAUACUCGUCCGCCAAGCCCGAAUGGCGAGCAUGCAAUAGGAAAGGGACAUAGCCGAAAGUCAUCCGAGGUAUUGAAAAAGGAAGAGGAUGCGGACGCACCGCCAAGAAAAAGGAGGAAGAGCAGGAGCACGAAAGAGGACGUUGAUGAGGACGAAGAUGAGAACGGUACUGCGACGAAGGCGGCAAGAAAACGCAAGACGAAGACCGAACCCGCCUCAGCCACUCCGCCAGCAGAAAAUGGCACAGCCAGCCGGAGGCGCAAAUCUGGGACUGGAGCCAAACCAGCACGCGAGAAUCUUACGGAUGCCCAGAAACGAGAAAAUCAUAUCAAGAGCGAGCAAAAGCGCCGAACCUUGAUCAAGGAAGGCUUCGACGACCUCUGCGAGCUUGUACCAGGUCUCAAGGGAGGCGGCUUCAGCAAGAGCACGAUGCUGACCAUGGCAGCUGAGUGGCUCGAGGAGAUCAUGAAGGGAAAUGACGAGCUCAGGGCCCAGGAAAGUGCCCUUGUGGGUCGGUGA